AGUAUGUAACUGGAUGAGAGAAAACUACUGAUAAGCACAUUCAACCUACACUCAGAGUUCAAGUGAAUUGUGAAGUGUGUCAGUGUGAAAUGAGUGGAAAUAGUAGAAGUGCAAGUGCCAAUAGUGUGCCCUCUUCCGUUAAUAGGCGCUCCUCAUUCCACACCAAUACUCUACGAAGGAAGCCCGUCACAAGACGAGCCAGCAUAUCUGCUGAUCCUGCUUCUUUGAAGGAAAAUGCAAGGAAGCGAGCUGAAGAAAAGCGACUAGCGGAGAUAGAACGUCAGAAGCAGAUAAGGAAACGGAACGCCCUGAGCAGGAAGCUGGAUUUUGAUCCCGCCAUGAUGAGAUGUAGUACUAAACAACCUGCUGUUCCUUCCAGUUCAUCUGGUUCUCUGAACAGCAUGAGGGGUGGCAGCCACCGAGAAAGGUCCAAAUCGAAGAUGGCGAGCGCGGUGAAGGUGGCGGUGAGGAUGCGCCCUCUGAACGAGCGCGAGAAGAUCCUCAACUCUAAAGUGAUCGUCACCAUGAACCCCGAAACCACCUUCUUACAAGACCCUAAAAGCAACCGCCCUCCCAAAGCUUUCCACUUUGAUCACAGUUUCUGGUCCAUGGACAAAACCAAGCCUCAGUACGCUAACCAGGAACAAGUGUACGACAAACUAGGACACGAUGUGUUAGAGAAUGCUAUAGAGGGGUAUAACGCGUGUAUAUUCGCGUACGGUCAGACGGGUAGCGGUAAAUCCUACUCAAUGAUGGGAGGGUCAGGGGAACCCGGUCUCAUACCCAGACUCUGCACUAAACUGUUUGAUAGAGUGGGUGACAUUGCAGUGGAGAAGAACGGAAUCACCAUUAAAACUGAGGUGUCCUAUAUGGAGAUUUAUAAUGAGAAAGUAAGGGAUUUGUUAGGGGGACAUUCUCAGUUAAAAGUGAGGGAGCACAAAGUGUUGGGACCUUAUGUUGAGGGGCUCUCCAAGCUGAUUGUCAAGUCUUUUAAUGAUAUCAAUGUGCUGAUUGAUGAGGGUAACCAAUCCCGCACUGUUGCUUCAACUAAUAUGAACUCAGAAAGCAGUCGGUCCCACGCCGUGUUUAACAUUAUAGUGACGCAGAUUACCCACGAUGACAUGACCAAUCUUGAGACUGAAAAGGUGAGCAAGUUGAGUCUGGUGGAUCUGGCGGGAAGUGAGAGAUUCAGUAAGACUGGUGCUACUGGAGACAGGAUGAAGGAGGGUAGCAACAUUAACAAGUCCCUUACUACUCUGGGAAUGGUUAUUUCUACUCUAGCUGAUAUUGCUGCUGGAAAGAAGGGCAAGGGAGCGUUUGUGCCCUACAGAGACUCAACGCUGACGUGGUUGUUGAAGGAUAAUCUCGGAGGUAACUCCAGGACUGUGAUGAUAGCUACCAUCAGCCCGGCAGAUGACAACUUCGAGGAGACUCUGUCUACUCUGCGGUACGCCGACAGAGCUAAGAGAAUCAUCAACAACGCCGUGAUUAACGAGGAUGCUAACGCUAAGGUGAUCCGAGAGUUGCGGGAGGAAGUUGACAAGCUGAGGUCGGAGUUAGGGUCCCGAGGGGGAACUGUGCCUAACCCUGAUGGUUCAGGCUAUGUUGAUAUCAACAAGCUGAAGGAGCAGCUGUCUCAGAGCGAGUCCCUGAUAAGCGAGCUGUCGGCCACCUGGGAGGAGAAGUUGAAAAAGACUGAGGAAACUCAUAAAGAGCGACAUAAGUUUCUGGAAGAUAUGGGAAUAUCAAUCAAAUCAACUGGCAUACAAGUUGAUGCUAGCAAGUUUUACUUGAUCAACCUAAACGCGGAUCCUGCACUGAAUGAGAUGUUGGUUUAUUAUCUAAAAGAAGUAACAUUAGUAGGUAGAACUAGUUCAGAUAGUUCCCAAGAUAUCCAGCUAAAUGGAACAGGUAUCAACCCGGAGCACUGUGUCAUUGAAGUUGAGAACGGCUGGGUACAUAUCUCACCAAAGCCUAAAGCAAAAACUUACAUCAACGGGAAACUGUUGGAGGACAGGCAGAAGCUAAAGCACGGAGAUCGUAUUGUGAUGGGUAAUAACUACUUCUUCAGGAUUAACUGUGCCAGACCCGGUGACAGACAGCAGUCUAUGAACAACGCUGAUUUUGAUCUAGCCCAGAAAGAGUUAGCAGCUCACGAGUUGCACGGUAAUGCUACAGAAGUGGAGCUGGACAAAUUGUCUGAGAAAUAUCUCGCUGAGAAAGAAGGUGCCCUGGAGGAUCAGAGAAAGAUUUACGAGCAGAAGUUUGCGGAGUUGAUGGACAAAUUAAGCAGCAUGCCUGCUGGUGGUGCAUUCUCACCGGACAGCGAGGAAUCUCAAACUUCACAUGAUAACGAUGAAACGUACGAUGAGGAGCUAGAAGCGGCACGUGCAGCAGAGAGACAGAAACUGAGGGACCAGGUAGUCAGAGCUAACACUUUGGUGAGGGAGGCCAACACUCUGAGUGAUGAGAUGUGCAAGGAGACUAGCUUCAGGGUCAUCCUGCAGAUACCCAAAGCUAACCUUGAUGCUAACAAGAAAUCAAUGAUAAUCACCAGUGAAGUGGCUAUUGAGGUGACUCACCGAGCAAGAGGGACUCAAACAGUGUGGACACUAGAGAAGCUGCAACACAGGAUAUUCCUUAUGAGGGAGAUGUACGAGAGUAGACGAGAUGAUGGAUCGCUGUUCAAGAAGGUGUCCUCUAACAUGGCCAACGAUCCCUUCUACGAGAUGGAGAAGAGUCACACUCUGUUGGGUGUCGCUAACUUAUUCCUGGAGCCCCUCAACUAUCAGGAUAUCAAGCUGACAUACUCUCCUCCCAUCAUCAACAGACAGGGGCAGAUAGUCGGUCACAUAACUAUCGGUAUCCGCAGACUUCCGGAGAAUGAUGACUCUGAUGACAGUGAAGCGUGGGGAAGUGGAUCUGACAUAAAUGAGCCCCAAACCUUUGGUAAAGCCCUUUGCGAGGUUACAGUUCAAGAUGCAUACGGCCUUCCCCCGGCCCUGUGUAACUUUGUGUUCUGCCAGUAUAAGUUCUGGGACCACCCAGAUACCCUACUCCCCGGUCAUGAUGUUAAUGGGCUGCCUGUGGGCACAGCCAGGUUCGAGCACAAACACAUCUUCGACUGCGAGAUCACAGAGGACUUUACUCACUUCGUGACAAACGGGUCUCUGGCAUUUGAAGUUUGGGGACAUUUGAGCAGCGGUUUCGAGGACAGGAUCAACAGCAGGAAGCAAGAAAAAGACAAAAGUAAGGACUCGGGUAUCCCUCACGCGCUGGUACAAAGAUGGAGUGAGUUGAUGUGUACCCUUCAAAUGUGGGUUGAGAUAAGAGAGCUGGACGACAGUGGCCAGUACAUGCCAGUUGAGGUACACGACCGUCCUGAUGUGGCGUCUGGUGGAGUGUACCAACUCAGACAAGGACAAUCCCGACGUCUUGUUGUCACUGUAGCCCCUAUUGAAGGGUUCGGUUCAUACCCCGUGGUGUGUGAGAGAAUUACAGGGAUUAGUAUCGGGAGUGUAUGCAGGGUUGGUAAGAUGCACGCUGGAUGUGACAGUUACAUUGAUGAUGAUCUGAAGAGACUGAGAACAGCGUGGAGCGAACGGCUGAUGAGGAGACGCGAGAUGUUGGGAGAGAAGUUACACAGCAUCAUCGAUAAGACAGAUAAAAGUAAGAGUGAUAGUGAGUUACAGACCAUGCUGGUUGAUGAGUGGGUCAUGUUGGUAAAUGAGAGGAAUGCUGUUCUCGUUCCUCAAGUAGACUCUGGUCUCCCUGGAGCUCCUUCUUCUAAAGGUGUUCCUCCGGGUAUGGAACAACGUCCUAUAACCUUGUUCUUAGACAAAGAUGCCGGGACUACCAACUACAUGAAUCCCUCCACUAUCCAGAAAGAUUCUCAGAUCGGUGCUGGAUUAUUGCUCCCACUUGAGAACAACGUGUUGAUGAAAAACCUCCAGAUCGAGCACCACGAAUCUAAAGUCCGAGCAUCGUCCUCCUGGGACAGCUCCAUCCACAACUCCCCCGAUCUGAACUGUCAGACAUCAGCCCAAGACAGGAUCUACAUGAUUGUUAAAGUUAGUGUCCUCCUUGGUUUCCCGGCUGGUGUUCAAGUCACACUGCGUAAGAGGAUAUGUGUGUACGUUUACAAGAAGCUCAGCGCGUUUGGAUCUCUCAUGAGAAAGAUAGGAGGUGGACGUCCGGAGCAGACCAACAGGACAGGGGUUAUGUACGAGAUCGUGCCCAGUAUCCCCAAGGUAGCGGGAGAAGAGGAGGAGAAGCUGGAUGUAGAGGAUGAAAAUGAGAAUGUUCUCGAACAAUAUUCCCAGGGUAUCUCUUCUGUUGAGAGUAUAUUGGAGCUCGAGAAGAUGAGGCAAGAUAUAGCGCUGAAGGAGAGAUUGACUACCAGUGGCAGAGCUUUCAGAGCUAAAUCGCUCAGUCAGUUGGCCCUCAACCGUUCUCUUACUUCCAGUAGAAACGAGCUGAUGUUCGAGUCCAGGACUAACCUCACCUCAUUCCAAGAUCCACUCAACGUUAACCCACCCACAUUCUUAUCUAGAGCAGGGGGUUCCUUGCCUGAGGGAAUGAACAACCUCAUACCCAACUUCAGAGAUAAGUCAGGGACUAGGGUUGACAUGGAAAAGAGAAGAUCAGCGAACAUAUCAGAGUUGUUGAGUAACAAUAACUCUGUUAUCGAGGAGCCUUGUGAGGUGUCCGACCCUACUACUUCUAAUCUAGAACUUUCUAAGUCAGAGGAAAACCUUUUCCUGGACGACAUAGAGGUUGUCGAGAAAAAGUUGAACGGUGAUGCGCAUGAAGAGCACGUGGAUGAUGGUUUAGAAGAUACUUUAGAGCCUGUCGAUUAUACUGAUGUCAACAGCGCGGUAGAAGUUCCAAUCCCUAAUAACAUACCGGAAGAGGUUUCCAUUCCUAACAACAUUGCAGAAGCGGUCCCAAUGCCUAACAACAUCACUGAAGCGGUUCCUAUGCCUAACAACAUCACCGAAGAACCUAUCUCCAACAAUGUUGCAGAUGUAUCUCAUGAUAACAACGAGAUUAAUUCCUCAUCUUUGGAGAACUCAGCCGAGCAGAUCCAGGAGAAUGAACCAAGAGAAUCCGCUACUAACAUUCCAUUAAACGAAGAGAAUUUACCCUCAAAUCCUCCGCUAAACAUUCCUAACAUCGAGCUAUCCGAUCCUAAUAAUAAAACUAUCAAUAUUGAUAGCAACAACAAGAGCUAUUCCGAUAACAUGAACUCUAAUCAUGACAAGUUUGCUGAUAAAGAUCUUACCAAAGUUCUGGAAUGUUCUAAUAUUAACGAUGGCCAUCAGAAGAAAAUUCAACCCGAACCAGAAUUUAAACCUGAACCAGAAUCGAACCCAGAACCUGAACCUUUAGCUGAACCAGAACCAGAAAUUGAACCGGAAUCGAUUCCGGAAUUGGUACCUGCUCCAGAACCUGAACCAGUGCCCGAACUACCUAAGGAAGAGCUCGUAAUGCCUGAUAUUUAUGUUGGUGAUGCUGUUAUGGUUACGCCCGGUUACAAGAUGGGAACCGUUAAAUAUGUCGGUGAAACCAAGUUCUCUGCUGGAGUCUGGAUAGGAAUUGCUCUUGAUGGACCUCAAGGGAAACACGACGGUAGCGUUGGCGGACACCGAUACUUCAAAUGUAAACAGAAACACGGAAGUUUUGUGCGACCAGAUAAGGUGAUACGAGAGAACUCCUUCAAUCCUGGCGCUAAAGCCCCCUCACCCUCAACAUCUCGGAGCUCUAGUUCAAACAGCGUCAAAAUGUUCAGUCCUCCCGUAGAUAAGAAAACUAAAUCUUCUAGAACUUCUAGCUCACUCAGUUCGCGAAAAAAGCCUAGAUGAGAUGUUGUUUAGCGCGUGAUUGUUAUUGAUUUCAGAUUGAUGGUUGGUCGAGUGUGAACUUUGGACCACUUAUUUGUAUAGGGGCCAGUGUUAGGCAGCUAUUUAAUGUUAAUAAGGGAUAGCAGCUAGCCACUGUAGUUACUGUAAAUGGAAUUCAAAUUUAUUGAUUCGGAAAAGAUUACUGUUUCGGAUUCCUUGAUAUGUGAUGAAAUUUGAUUUUAUUUUUCUACAAAAUCUGAUGUAUAAUGUAAUAACAGGCGAUGGUUAUAUUCAGGGUUUUUAAAUUUUUAUUGAGCGAUCAGAAUUUUUAAGCAAUAUUGGACUAUGAGAAGGAAAGUUUCGACAACUGCUGUCAAUAAUUUAUUUCAUCUCUAGGGUCAAAAUUGGUAGCCAUUGAAACGUGCAUGAUAUGUGAACUUUUUAUUGGCAUUUCCUUCAUGACCUAAUGUAGAAGCCAUCUUGAGGUACCCAUACCCAGAGAUCUGAGCACACUUGGGACAGCUGUAAAUGGGUCAAUAUUUGACCAAUGACUGGUGCUCUAGAGGUAUAUUUUCAUGUUCAUAGUUAUUUUUGAUAAAUUCCUCUGCGCAGAACCUUACACGUGGAUGCCAGGCAAACGAGUAAUAUCUGUAGACUAAUUGAGAUUUUUGAAGCUCUGAAAUAAUCUGCUUAAGAUCCUGUUCAUCUUGUUCUAUUUGUUUUUUUAAGCGAGAAAUUGUUAGUUUCCAAAAUUCGUUGUGUUCAUUUGUCUAAUUGGGAUCGUUUACAGAAAACGUCAACAUAGGGGUGUUUCACGAUUAUUGUCCACUGACAGAAUUUGUCUAUGAUCGGUCCUUGGUAUAGUUUUCAUUGAAACAAACUGUCACAGCAAAAUCAAACAAAAAUUAUUACAACUAUAAAUUCGAAUACUGUAAAUGAGUUCUGGAAUUUCAAAAACUUA